CCGAUGAGACAGAUCAUCGGGUUUGACUCAGAUUCAAAUUGCGAAUCAGAGGUUGAGCCUACCAUGUCAGAUGAGGAGGAGGAUUCGGAGCAGGCCGAGAUCGAUGCCCGUUUAGACGAGUGGGGGGAUGUGAUCAGUACGAUUUUCAACACUGACAUGGAGGAAUCGGAGUUGGGUUCAGAAUCACCACAGAGAGAAGAACCAGCCAAUGUAGAUCUUCCGGAUCAAAAUAUCGUACGGCUUUUUGAUGAUUCGGCCUCAGAGUUGGAGUCGACGCGAGGAGAAGAAGACCUAGACAGUGCUUAUUUAUCACUGCUUGCUCUUGAGCUUCGGAGACUCACAUUCGCUCUUCGGAGUGAUGAUGACGUACCUAUAAGUGGAAGCCGACGGGCGGCUUGUAAGUUGGUAGUUGAGCGCCUCCCUUCGGUCCUUCUCGUGGCUGAGGAUCGUGGGGAGGCGGACGACGACAUGCUUUGCGUGGUCUGCGACGACGAGAUUUCUUUAGGCGAAUGGGCGACGCUGCUGCCGUGUUCUCAUUAUUACCACGGGGAGUGCAUCUUGCCGUGGCUUAAGAUUCGGAACACAUGCCCGAUGUGUCGCUAUGAGCUGCCCACAGAUGCUGAUUAUGCUAAUGACUAUUUUGACUUGUUUUCCAGCGUUUAAUUGUCCGUGACAGCCAGAGGUGAUUAUCUCAUGCCCUCACUCUGAGAGUCAUCAGAGGGAAGAAAGGUUCACUUGCCGGAAAAAAAUGGCGAUAAAGGUUUGCAAUGUAGUUAUUUGGGAAUUGGAUUCUAAAGAUACUUAAAUGCUUUUGUUCAUACAUACUCCAUAAAUGCAUGCAUUCGUACAUCUUUUCUCGAUUCAGAAUGAUUAGCAUGUAUAUUACUGUAAAAAAUUAUAUGUUCUGUUACUGUGAAGCUAUGUGUUCUGUUAUUGGAAAGUUAUAUAUGUUCUCUUAUAUCAAUAUGAAAA